GAUAUGGUUGUCUGUGGGAGCAGCCUGACAGCUCUCGCCAUCCGUUUCGCCGAGGAGCUACGCACACAUUUUGUAGAUGUCUUAGAGCGUUUGGAGGAAUUGUGGCUACUCGCCCGGAACAACGAGGGCCUGUACACGGGCAUGUGCCGCAGUCCGUCCAAGAGUGUGUACUCGGGCGGCUCACAGUCUCUGCACUACGGCUACCCGGGCUACGGGCCAGCACACUACCUCCCUCACCACCCCGUGCACCACCCGGGCAGUCCCCACAGCCAGCCGCCGCCCCUUCCUUCCUGCCCGCCGACCGGCCGACCCCUAUGGCCAACACCAGAAUUACGUGGCCUUGGAUGGAGAUCUGAACGCCUACGAGAUCAGCAUGAGUGACGAAGAUCGUAUGGCCUUGAUGAUCCUGGUCAAAGAGGGAAAGAUCAGCACACAGACUGCGCUCGCUGUGGUUCAGAAAUUCGAGGAGGAAAAGAGGUUCGGCGGAUCUGGUACAUCGGAGGAUGGCAAGGAGAACGUGUGUGAUACGCCGAGCAAGAAGUCCGGCACUGGCAAGAAGAAAAAAGGCGGGAAACCCACCAAGUCGCUCUCCACGCUGUCAGCAGAUGAGCCGACCCGGGGCCCUGCCAUGCCACCGACGGGCGAGAAGACAGACAUGGGGACCCUGUGUGCUCACCAAGUGUGUCGACAGAGGCGCGUGCAUAGCCUCGGUCAGCUGGACUCGCCCCACCUGUGCGCCCAACAGGAAGGUCCUCGUGACCUUCACCCCGGCGACCGCAUGGCCUUGACACGUGCAGUGUCAUGCUCUCCGGCCUGUACACCCAGUCAUAAAAUCUCCUACACACCCGAGCACGCUGCGUUUGGCAGACUCCACAGCCCCAGCCACCACCAGCAGCUCCCCCUGCAGCCUCACCAUCUGCUCCACCAGCCACAGUACAUCCAGCAACACCACCACCACCUCAACAAAGUGGACGCGCUGAGGGAGAGGCUGACGGGGAAGCCCAGCGCUGCGGUGCCAAAGACGUCGUCCAAAACGUCUCUGCUGUCAUCCGGUUCGGACCAGUCAAUGGAGUGUGGCUCUCAGACUCCCCUGCGGCCCGAUCCGAUGCCACGGCGCGCGGCAGACGUAGCCACCUACAACAGCAACUCCACUGUGUCCAUGAGCAGCGACACCAACUCUCCGGCUCCAGGGAGAAAGAAGAGCUCAGGGCUCGUGGACCCAAGGCUCAAGUGCCACCGAAGUGCCAGCUGCAGCACAGGGGAUGAUGGGAUAUCCUCGGAGAACGACGAACAGGACCAUCUGUCGAGAGGACAUAGGAAACAAGACAGUCAAAGACACAAACACGGUCACCACAGUGGGAAGAAACCUUCCUUGAGGGUGAAGGAAGCUAUCAUUUCCAGGCCACCUCUGCUGAGACAGCUAUCAGCUCCAGUCGGUAACAUGGGCCUUCCAAGUCCUUACCUGGGACAGGCCAAAGUUAUUGUGGACUACAGUCCCGGUCCGGAAGAAGAGGAGUUCAUUCCUCUUAAGAAAGGGGAGAUUGUGAACAUCAUCAACAUGGCCCAGUCGGGGGUGUGGAGGGGCGUGGUCAACGGUCGGCAGGGGAAGUUCCGUUUUGAGCACGUGGAGGUCAUCAUUGACCCCGAGGGAGCUGCCAUGAGUCAUCGGGUUCAAGGUCAGAGCUCUGUGCUGUACGGACAGAAAGACAUUCCUACCUCUGUUGAGGAUCUGCUGCAGAAGAUUGGACUCCAGCAUCUCUCUAACACUUUUAUGGUGAAUGGCUAUGAUGACCUUGACAUUUUCUCGGAGCUGGAUGACCAUGACCUGGACACUCUACACGUCACUGAUCCUGAGCAGAGGACUAAGCUCUUGUCUGCAGCACAUGUGCUGACGGACUGGCACGAGAAAAUGAAUGUGCGUACCCCAACCCAGAUGAGCAUGGACUCACCAUCCUCACGAGCGGGCAACUCUAGCUGUGAUUCAGGCUGUUACGCUGGAGGUGAAGGGCCAAAACACCAAACGCGACGUCGCGGUGGGGGAGGUGGGCGGAGCUUAGACAGAUCCAGUCCAGCCGGCUACCAGCCAAGCCCCAAACCCCAGCGCACUCCUUGCCGCUCGUGCGGGAAACCCAAACAGCCGAGGAAGAACAGCGGGCCUGCUGCAGGUGUUGCCCACUUUAUGAUGGGGCAGCCUAUGAUGGGGCAUUACGCCCCAAACCAGCCGCAGUACCACUCUAGUCAUUCUCCCUAUGCACCAGGGCACUACCAGAUGGCGCCUAUGUCACAGUACGCACACCACAGCCCUGCGCACUCAAUGCACUCAAUGCACCCUACACACUACACAACUGGCCACGGCGGCUACGCACCACCUCCACACAUGCACAUGUCGGCUUCCAGAACUCUCACAGAGAUCAGUGCGUCUGACAACAGCAGCGCCACCCCCAAACUUCAGACUUUUGCUAUUGGGAAACAGAACUCUGCUGGGGUGGUGGCUGGGCAGCACUCGGAGCAAGGUGGAGCGUACGCAACGUACAGCGAGAAGGGCUCUAUAGGGGAUCGAGUGUCGCUCACAGAGGAAGACCAGGAAGUUAUAGCUAUCACAUACGGCACUACCCAGGGCAGGAAACUGUCCACACCGGCUCAACCCUUGCCUUCCAGCUCUUCGCAACUGGACAUAGGACCAGCUGGGGUGUGUAGCCCGUACGCACCGCUCUCCGGCUGUCCGCAGUGCGACCAGUAUGUGUUCUGUGAUAGCGCCUCGUGUUCGCAGUGUUUGGCCUACACGUCUUGCCCACAGUGUGUUCAGUACAGGCACUACGUCAACACGACCAUGCGGUCCGACAGUAAAUCUUCCAAGAUGUCGUGCAGCUCCACGUGCACGCAGACCACGUGUCUGAGCCCUGACCACGAGGAAGGCAAUGCCGCUACAGCCACAAUCAUUGACUACACGCCAAGUCCUUCUGAGUCGUACUAUGGCCAAAGAACCAGCCCGGGGAGGGGACCCAUGACCCCCCACCAAGUCCAGCAUCAACACCAGCUUCAGGCUAUAAUGUGCACACCAAAUCUCAGUGCUCUGCACCACUCCUCAGGAAAACCCCACACCCCGGACCCGCAAGUGCCCCCGAGCCCAGCUAUGUCGGUCAAGUCUCAGCAGUUGACCCUUGCCCUGGCCGACUCCACCACACCCCACGGGGUCGCCAUGUCCUUCCCCGGCGACCCUCCACCCCCGGGGGCCAGCCCUUCCCCUGCGGUGUGGGCGGGGCAAGCAGACGGCACGGAGGCGCCAGGUAUGGCUACCCUGUACAGCCGGGGGAAGGCACAGGCCCAGGAGAAGAGCGAGGGCAAGUCAGAGGGGGGCCAGGUGAAGAGCCCCACGCGCUCCCUCAUGCCUCUCGUCUCCACCAAGCUCAACGCAGAGAGGAUCGACCUCACACAGAUGCCCUACAGCAACACGAUCGGUCACUGCGGCAUCCCGCCCCUCCUGGUGCAGCGGUACGCGGAGGAACUGCGACAAGACAUGGACACCAUGGCUCUGGUGCUGGAGCAGCUGAGAGAGAAACACCUGAGAGCGCAGGGACGGCCUUAUAUCCAGAGCGAAAGUCUCAGUGACUCGUGUAAGAGUGCGUGCGAUCUUCAGAUCUCCUCCAUCCACGAGUUUCUGAUUUCCAUCGGCUUGCCCAUGUACCAGCAGUCGCUGACAGAAGGGGGCAUCCUGUCUCUGGAUCACCUGCUGCGUGUCCGCGAGACGGAACUGGAGCAAAUGACGGGUGCGGACUCGCGGCACCUCAAGCGUGUCGCGCACGCGUUGGAGUGGGUGAGACACAAGCUGUCUUCUCCCAGCCACAAGGCCCGGGCCAGUGGAGGGGUCACCGACAAAGUCUGAAGGGGUCGUUCACCGACAAAGUCUGAAGGGGUCAUUCAUCGACAAAGUCUGAAGGGGUCGUUCAUCGGCAAAGUCUGAAGGGGUCGUCCAUCGACAAAGUCUGAAGGGGUGAUCCGUCGACAAAGUCUGAAGGGGUCGUCCAUCGACAAAGUCUGAAGGGGUGAUCCGUCGACAAAGUCUGAAGGGGUCGUCCAUCGACAAAGUCUGAAGGGGUGAUCCGUCGACAAAAUCUGAAGCGGUCAUCCACGGACAAAUUCUGAAGGGGUCGUCCAUCGACAAAGUCUGAAGGCACGGGGGUCAUUGACAGAUCUGAGCUUGACCUAUUCUAUAGAAGCCAUUGUGAUAUGUGCUGAUAAAAUGAGUUAAUUCUUAGAGUUUAGCUCUAUUAACACAGAUAUGUACGUCUAAUUUAUAGGUUUCAUUUGUAUGAUUUAUGACAUGAAAUGAUAAAAGGCACGUUUAACUUGAAGAAAAUCGCAUCAGUUAAAAAUCUUCUAAUUUGAUAUGUCUAUUUUUGGCUGAACACCUACAUUCAUGGAUUGCGAGAAGUAACUCAUUUUGUCAGCCCAUCCCACCAAUGGAAAGGCCUGUUAAAAGAUUGCUUAUAUUUUCGUGGUGCUAAGUAGCCUACAUGAUGUGUAUGAAUUAUAUCAUUGUGAGCUGUGAGCUUUUAGUGUGGUUUUUAUGUAUAAAUGUAUGUAAAAGUACAAGUGUGUAGGUAUAUAUUUAUAUAUUUAUGCACAUUGUGUGUGUGUGUAUGUGUGUGUGUUAGUGUGUAUGAAAUUUGACUUUUGUUUAUAAACAUGAGAAAAAUGACCAUUUCAUGCUGACUGAAUGUUCUUGGAACUAUUUAAUGGAACGCCACACGUACAGCUUUUGUUGUUUUGAAAUAUUAAUAAAGUUGAUAUAUAACUUCAGUAUACAGUUCUAGAAAAAAAAUAAUGUUUCCCACUCAUUAAUAAUGAUGUUACGUUACUGUGCAGUUGAUGGCUUCCUUCCUGGUCUGGCUUUAAUGGCUAUGAGAUAACUUAGUCUUGCUUGAUAUUCAGUCGUCGAAUCCGAGAUUCUGGGUUGGGUGAUCUGCUCCACCCGUGUGAACCUUGUGCGUUUAGGAAAGGUACUUUUCCUUAUAUCUUAAUCAAUUUAUCCAGCUGCUUAUGAUUAGUUGACAAGAAAGGAAAUCAGAGGACGAAAGCAUCUUUGCACAUAAGAUGCUGCUUUACUGCAUGUCCCCCCCAACAGGGAAGGGAAGGUAAAAUUGGAGUGAAUAGGCUCACCAAAGAAGCUAUAGGGGAGUUUUUGGAAAGUCUUGUGAGCCUUCUGACUGAAAGGACACAAGACUUCAUAAAAACGCCAUUUUUACUUUGUCUAACAUUGAAGACAUAAUCCGUCUAGUUGGUUGACUUGUGCAAAUAACAGAUAUAUAAAUCUUUUGAAAUUUGAUGAUUGAUAGUAUUAGAAACAUGUUUUUCAGCUCAGAAGAUUGAUUUUAGAAGUGUUAAGAUGUGAAUGAAGUACAUUGAAGCUUUGGGCAAACUUUCAACGGCUCUACUUGCAUUGGAAGUUUGUUGUUAUAAAAGUUCUAUUUUAUCACUAUCCUAUCGUUUUCUUAUUCAAAACGUUCAUACUGGCAAAAUCUUUUCCUACGCAAUUUCAGUUUUUCAGCCCAGUAAUGGGUGUGUUACUUUUUCACAAUGAAUCUUGCCAUUGAUUCCAUGUUAUUGGGGUCCAUUUGCUGUUGUCAUUUUUUAGCCCGGUCAGCGUUCCCGUUAAAAAAGAUUACUUUAUACUUCUUUUGAAAAUCAGCAUUUCUUCAACCUGGCUUCAUAUGGGUUUGUUUUUUUUUAGGUGAAUUUUAAGUAAACUGUUAUAAGUGCCCAUUAUUUAUAUUAUUGGAAAAGUGAAAUGAUUAUCCUAAGUUGUUUUUUUUAACUGUGUGAAUUUUCUCCACGCAAUGCCAGUCCUGACUGCCAGUGAAAAUAGGUGUAAUUUUGUAAAAAGAUAUUUGCUCUGUACCUCUUUGUGAUGUUAGCAUUUCUUCAACCGGCCUUUGCAUGAGUUUUUUUGAAGAUAUGUUCAAGAUGAUGUUGUUAAUACCCGUUAUUUUAGUCAUUCAAAAGGUGAAAAGUUUUAACUGAACUUUUUUAAACUGUGUAUUCGCCAUGGGGAACGCUAGGCAAAAAAGAUAACUAUGUUGGACACAGCAUGUUCUGAUCAUUAGUGGAAAUUAUUUGUUAGCUAAUAGAGAAAAAUACUGCAUAGUUCAAAAUAGUUGUGGCUCAACGUAUUUUUCAGAACCAUUAUAAAGUGGAGUAGGCUAUAGUUGAAUGAAACAGUAUAGGUACAAGUCAUUAGUGUAGAUGAAAUCCUUCAGCACUAGCAUCAUUGUGUUAGAAUGUACCACACAGCUGCCACUUAAAUCUUUAACAAUGCAAUUUAUAUUCCCGUUUCUGCGUCAUUUUCUCAUGUUAGUGGAAAUGCGACCCGACAUAUUAUGUUUUUAAAAACGCUUUUUUUUUGCGUCAAACUGAUCAAUAAAGCGUCAUCCAGACUUAGAAUUUAUUUAUCUUUGGCUUUCGAGUUUAACUAAAGGUUUGUGAACUUGUACUUUAACUUCGGUCCGUACCAUAAUACAAUAAUAACUUUGCAUCAGACGGUGGUAGCGUCCAGCCAAGGUUACAGACCUCAACUACAGGAUGCUGCUAUCGUCCCGGCAUGGUUAAAGAGUUAAACCUUACACUAUAUGUAUAAUAUACAUAUACAUAUAUUAUGACAAUAAUGUUUGCUUGAUGCUGUCAGGGUUUGUUUGCUUGCUGUGUUUCUUUAUAUAUCGCGUUUGUACAAGUGGUGAAGAAAAAAGUGAAAUUUUUUUUGUUUGGUAUAACGAAAGUUUUGUUUUUCUGCUUGAGUGGAGUUCAGCAAAGGCAUAUCUGCUGUGAGAACGCUGGAGUGGUGCAGUUUGCGACUCACACCAAAUGACCUUUGCCAUACAUUUGUCUUUCAUUCAUUGUGGUACCAGCACUUUCGCUGCUUUUGUCUUGUGGGGAGAAAUUUCCUCACAAGACUCCUGCAAAAAAACAGUGCUGUUCUAAUUGUCUGGGGGGGGGGGAUUGUAUGUCAUGAGGUAAAGUUUACCACAUUGGUAAGAUUUUUUUUUUUUGGAAAAAUAAAAUCUACUAGAACUUGACAAGCUGGCAAAAUAUUUGGCCUAUGUUUAAGAUAAACAUUGAUAUGCUUGUUUCACAAUUGGUAAUUCUUUUUGAAAGACGCCAUUGGGUGUUUGUUUCAAGGUUUUUAUAAGUACAGGUAUUUGACUUGUUUGUAAUCCUAUCACACGUGUCGUGUUUUUUUACUCUUACAAGUUGUUACUUGUUUCUUUUCUUGUUGUAGCAUGUGAAGAUAAUAUGAGAAAAGAGGGGAGAAGAAAAAUUGAAAACUUGUAGGAAGUUUUGAAAUGAAACUGAUUUGGACCAGAAAAGUGUCGAGAUGACUUGUUUAUGUUCAUGUUUCUCACCGUUCUAGAUCAGUUCAUUCUCUGUCUAUACGUGCUCUCUUUCACUUUUGUCUUUUCAAACGCUUCAGAUGAAAAGACAAACGGAAUUUGUAUAUUUGGUUUGUGAUGCGGUUUUCAUAAUUCAAUGAUUAUGAAGGUACUGUUGUGUGCAGGCAGGCUGAUUUAAAAAAAUCUCUUUUGUGCUUUUAAGUAAGCAAUGCGUUGUAGCGAGGCGUAUCUGAAGAUGUAAAUCAUCUUAAGGUGUCAAAAUCCCUUUCUUAUCAGUUGUUCUUAAUGGUUUUGCAAUGUUGGUUAAUGUUACUGCGUGAUCUGUAUGACUCUGACAAGAGAGGCAAACUGCGGCAAAGUGUACAUGUGGGUGGUUGGAGGGUGCUCUGAUGUGGUUGGCUCUUUCUUUCCUAUCAAACAUCUGUGGUCCUUUUUUCUCCUUCUCCUCCUUUUAUUUGUAUGUUACUGUCUAGUAACACCUCCAAUCUGUGGCACUCGUACGAUGACCUGAUUGGGUCGCAAGUGUAGUUAUAUGCUUACUAAAUGGGUAAGCAAGUUAUUCAAAUGGCUAAAUAGCAUUAUUGAGACUAUUUCCCUUAUGCUGCUUGUUCAAAUCGAAGGCUGUGUUUCAUGCGUGUAUGUGUUUCAUGCAUGUGUUGUUUCAUGUGUGUGUGUUUCAUGCAUACAUUGUUUCAUUCAUGCGUGCAUUGUUUCAUGCGUGUUUUGUUUUAUGAUUGUGUAUCUCAAGCGUGUGUUGUUUCAGGCGUGUGUUGUUUCAUUCAUGCGUGCAUUGUUUCAUGCGUGUGUUGUUUUAUGCGUGUGUAUCUCAAGCGUGCGUGUUUCAUGCAUGUGUUGUUCAUGUGUGCAUUGUUUCAUGCGUGUUUUGUUUUAUGCCUGUGUUGUUUCAUGCGUGUGUGCUUUUAUGCGUGUGUGUCUCAUGCGUGCGUGUUUCAUGCAUAUGUUGUUCAUGCGUGUGUUGUUUCUCUUCGUUGAAAAGAGCUCAAGUAACAUAAUGUUUUUCAGACAAAAGCGAGCACAUACCUCAUGAAUCCUGAAGAACUGCUCACAUAAAUGUGCAAAGAAUAUAGAUAAUGCAUGUAAUAAUAAAUGCAUAUUUGUAUGUAAUAUAACUAGCUCAGCUUCAUUUCAUUGUUCAAGUUUGUGAUGGUAUGUAGAAAAAUGUUCUAAUUCUAAUCGAGACUGCAUGUCGUAUUUUUCACAAUUCAUGUUUUGUGUUUGUUUUUGUUUAGUUUUUUUGCAUUUGUUCGAUUUCAAUAAGCUUGCACUUUCAUAUAAAAGUUUGUACAGCGAAGGCCAAUAUUUACACUUAAUUUUUUCAUUUGAUUUCUGAGAGAGAGAGUUUGCCCAAGUACAGAUUGACCUGACUUAUUCUUCUCUCCUCCCUAUUUUGCUCGUGCUCUUUGCAAGUUUUAGAGUCUUGUCAACUUGAGGAUUGUUCAUGAAAAUAAACAGAGCUCUUAAUUUGUACAGUCUUAGAGUCUGUGUGUAUGUAGGGGGGGGGGGGGAGAAGGACAAGAUGACCUGCAGAACACGAUGAAACAAUUUUCACCUCAAUAAUUUACUCUAAAAUUGUGUGUGCCUGGCUCGGCUUUAUUUAGGGGCUCCUGACUCUUUGCAUCCUCUGUUCCAAAAGAGGAAUGGAAAGUAGUAGUGAUUUUUUUUUAAAUCUUCAUAACAGAGAAUCAUACUUUGGCUGGACUAUCUAAGUACCUUCCAGUUGAGAGACAAUUUGGCUGGACUGCCUAAGUACCUUCCAGUUGAGAGACAAAACUUAGGUUUGUUUACAACCUAUUCGAUUUAAAAGUAUGGGACUCCGUAAGACUAUUCACAACACGUGGGUGGUUGGUGGGUGCUUAACAGUUUUUGGAGCCUUUUUAAAAAGAAUUGUUUUACUUAUCCUUUGGACUAGAUGGCUGUUGGGGCACCAAGAAUGAUGGGGAAACACUUUUCUCCAUCCUUCUCUUUUUUCAGCCUUUUGAAGGGCUUCAAAUUAUAGGGACAUGUAUGUUCCUCGUGUAUUUCUGGCAAACGUUGCUGUGUUCAUGAAGACUUGCCAGACUGAAACUCAAAAUGAACCCAAUUUUUUAAUUUUUUAAAAUUUCCAUAACUCCAUAACUUGCUUAAAGAGAAUCAUUGACUGAGCCCAGUUGUUAUUUCUUCCUUCUUCGCUUUUUUAUUGCUCAUAAAAUGUAUUGAGAAACUCUUGGUAGUCACUAUAUUCCUUCAUUCUGGGACAAGAUGAUGACUUACUCAUGACUUGGGACAUCAAUACGUGUACUGAUUUCAAAUGUAAUGACAAAUAAAAAACCUCUCAG